AUGCAGGGACCGAGGCCAGUGGUUCUGAGCGGCCCGUCGGGCGCAGGGAAGAGCACUUUGUUAAAGAAAUUGCUUAAAGAUUAUGAGAACAUCUUCGGCUUCAGUGUCUCCCAUACCACAAGGCAGCCAAGACCCGGAGAAGUAAACGGCAAAGAUUACCACUUUGUGACCAGAGAGGAAAUGCAGAAGGAGAUCGAAGCGGGUGAAUUCAUCGAGCACGCGGAGUUCUCCGGAAACAUGUAUGGGACGAGUAAAGGCGCAGUGCAGGCUGUUCAGGCCCAGAACCAGAUCUGCGUCCUCGACAUCGACAUCCAGGGCGUGAAGAACAUCAAGAGGACGGACCUCAACCCCAUCUACAUCUCCGUGCAGCCGCCGUCCAUAGACGUCUUG